AUCUGUGUGUUGCACUGCCAAACAGUCAGCGGACGCCUUCUCACUUCGCUGCUCGCGGACGAGUUGUUGGACUUUGGCCUUGUCAUGUCGCAGAGGUACCCCAUCAGUAUCCGUGUAACCGGAGUCAUGGAGAAGGACAAGAAAAAAAUGUACAUCGCCUCGGUGCUUUGGUCAGACGAGGAAGACGUCGUCAUCUACAGGACUCUUGAGGACUUUAAGAAAAUGCAUAAGCUCCUAAAGAAAGCAUUCCCUGGCGUGAAAAAAUCUGAGAGAAUCGUGCCUAAAUUUCACGUCGCAAAGAAGGCCAAAGCUGGGCAGAAGAACGGCAGCGCCAAGUCCCUCAAUUACCUGAAGCCCUUGCAGAAGUACUGCAACCAACUGCUGAGCUGCGAUCCGCAGGUCAACCAGUCGGUGCACCUCAUCCAGUUUCUCCACCCCAAAAAUGAGGAACUGCAGCCCAGAGUACUCCAGGCAACGGGUAUGUUUGUUCUUCAUUGACACACACACACACACAAGGCUGUCUGAUAAAGUGUGUGCCCCAGCUGAACUGAAAGUCACGAUUAAUUAGUAACUUUUGACAUUUGGAGCCAUCCAAACAAAAAGACUGAUUAUGAGAGCGUUGGCUGCCAAUUUCAAUGCCAAUUAAAAGUCACAUCUUUUCCCAAAGUUCCAUUUUGAACAUAUUUCACAAUCAUCAUUAUUGGCCAAGUAUGUUAAAACACACUCGAGUAUUUUACGGCAAAAUGUCCAUUCAAAGAAAUUGACUGUGACGGAAUAUACAUAUUUACAAAAAAAAGAUCACCUAUUAUGAAAGAAUCACUGCCCAAGUACAGUUCAGUUGUAUUUACCUUACGUUUUAUGCAUUGAAUCUCUCAGAAGUGUUUGGUUUUUAACAUUUAUCUCGGUACAAAUUUUAUUUCAGUUUGAUGUUUGAUUUAUUGAUGGGGACGAUGCAAAUCACAUGUUGGAUGGAGCUUCGGCCUGUUUCAAACACGCUUCAAGUAACUGAUGUUCCCUUUUGCUAGUUUCCAUCUCCUGCCCUCCGUUGGGCUUUUAGGAAAUGAAAAGAGGGCUCAAAGCAGAUGCGGCAAUUUUGCAUGGAAACAGAAUUAAAAUCUUACAUCAUAGUUAUAUGAAAUUACAGAGGAGUCAAAAGUGCUCAAAUCUCUUUUUAACAUCGUUUCAUUGAAUCAUUAGUUUGGUAGUUGUUUUUUUCCUAAACGUCAGCACAGUUACUUCAAUUCAAAAUUCCAGAACGUAAAUUCCCAAUUCCAGCACAUUUUAAACAUUGAGCAUUUCAAGCACGUUACAGAAUUCCAAGGACUCGCUGGAGCACGAAGCGCGUUAAGUGUGACAUUGGUGCGCAACUGCAGGCACGCUUCCAAGCCUGAGUUGACAAGUGAACCAGCAGGAUGCUAGCGCAGCUUCGCCCGAGGUCUGUUUCCAUCUAUCCUCUCUUUAUGCCACUGGAGAUUAGGCCGUCUGACUUUGAGCUCAAGGCGAGGCACACACGGAACCGGACGACAGCCGAUUGCGGGGCGCAUUAUAAUCUAUACAAAUAAGGCUGAACGCCUCCAGACAAUUUAGAGUCUUUACUGACGCUACCAUGCAGGUUUUUGGGCCCGGUUCUGCACUGUAUUGACAUCAAGUUUUCAUUUUCCUCUUAGCAUCAUAAUUACGCCCCCCGAAACGCAAGCCCAGCAGGA